UAACAUGUAUCAAAUGAAAACUAUGCAAAUUUUGUUUUUUUUCAGGAUUGAAAUAAUUAGAUUAAUAAGCUAAAAAGAAUGGAUUCGCCAAACAGGCAAAUGUUUCAAACUGGUUGGUCAAGUGGAAUUUCAUGGUUUUUUCGUAUUUUAUGAGAAGGAACGUAGGUGAACUUGUAUGGUCGGCUCAUCAGUUAAGAAUUGACAUCACAUGAAAAGCCACAACUUGACUACUAUUACACGUCCAAAGAAUGAAGGGAAAACUUUUCGUGCUGCUGAUUUUCAUAACAAUAGAUUUCUUUACAUGGAACAUCCUAAUAAAAAUCGGACUGAGCGUUUUAGGUCUCUGGACAUCGAUUUCAUUUCGUGGUGGUUUGAUUAUUCGUCGACAAGAAUUUCAAUUCUCUAGAACAAAUUUGCUUAUUUUGUCGCAUAUGAGGUCUGGAUCAUCUUUCCUUGGACAAAUUUUUAACCAUCGAGACGAUGUAUUUUUCGUGUAUGAACCUUUUUAUGUCCUUAGAUCAACCACGCUCGCAUACUCGUCCUUCUACGAGUCCAGCGCGCUCAGAUUGCUGAAUGAUAUAUUGUCCUGCAGCUUUGAAAGCCAAGAAGAGUUUUUGAAUUUCUUGACUAAUUUGCCACACCGCCGCUACUCCAGCAGAGCACUUACUUUGCCAUACUGUACUUUUAAUCACACAAGCCGUGUAACGGGAAAGAAAAAGUAUAUUUGCAGAGCUCUUGAGCCUAAGUUUACUAGUCAAGUAUGUUUGGCACAUAAGCACAGAGUUAUAAAGCUUUUAUCACAUCGAAUCCCUAACUUCACGGUGAACUUUUUUAAGCCUCUGAUCUUGUCGUUCAAUGUCAAAAUACUUCAUUUAGUUCGCGAUCCACGGGCAAUCAUCGCUUCCAUGGAAACCGUUGGAUGGGUUCCUUCGUACAUAAAAACAUCAAAUCAAAAAAGUUCUGUGAACACUUUUAAAUCUCGAGUUAAGAGGUUCUGUAAAUCCAUGGUCGAUAUGGUCAAGUUCAUGUUAGAAGCCGAAAAAUCCCUGUCUGAGAAAUAUAAAUUGCUACGAUAUGAGGAUCUAGUUGAUGACAUCACAAAAAGCGCCCAUGACAUCAUGACAUUCGCAGGAUUUCAAUCAUCCGAUGACUUCCUAAUAUGGCUUCAAAAGAGCACACACGGCGCCAUAGAAACGGACUUCCGCAGAGGCGACUAUCACUACACAACAAAUAGAAACAACAUAUCAACACUUGUUCAAUCCUGGAGAUAUAAACUGAAGGCAAAUCAAAUUCUUAUAGUUGAAAAGUAUUGCAAGCAUGCAAUGACUAUACUGAAUUACCCAACGGUCUUCAGUUAAAAUUAAUACCAAGAAAAGACAACCUUUAUACAAAAGUACACAAAGAUGUCGAGAUGGAGGACAUAUUACGCUUAAAAGUUAAWCAAGCUCAGAACUUUCGAGUACAGAAAUUCUACUUGCAUGUCAAGAAUUAACUUUGUUGUCGUUUUUUUCUGCACACCUGCUUUUGAAAGUUUCUUUUUUAAAAGAUUAAAAUUGGU